AUGAUGUUCUUCACGCAACUCUUCACGUCCAAGAGAGGGCCGCUAGCCAAGAUUUGGUUAGCAGCACACUGGGAGAAGAAACUCACAAAGGCCCAAGUGUUUGAUUGCAAUCUGGAAACAACCAUUAGAGAUAUUAUUUCUCCUAAGAUGAAAAUUGGUUUGCGGACAUCUGGCCAUCUGCUCCUUGGUGUGGUCCGGAUUUACUCCAGGAAAGCAAAGUAUCUUCUUGCAGACUGCAGUGAUGCCCUGGUUCAAAUUAAAGUGGCGUUCAGGCCAGGUCAGACAGAUAUGCCUGUCGAGGGGCUUGAGGCCACAGUAAAAGCAAUAACCUUGAUUGAAGAUUUCACCGACUUCGAUACCCAGCUGCCAGAUCCAAGUAACAUAGAUGUCACGGACCACUUUUCACUGAACCAGUGUCGAUCAGAGGAAAUCACUCUGAAAGAGGAUUUUGGAAGCAGCUUUCUGAACAUGAGAGACAUCAGUAAGAACCAUAGUGGAAUGCUGGAUAUGAGCUUCCACAGCCUGGCUCAAAAUGGAGACACUUUUGGGGACGAGGAUAAAGGAUUCGACCUGCUUGACUUUCUGGCGAUCUCCAGUGAUUAUCCGGAGUCCACAGACUUCAUCCCAGAGGAGCCUCGGACAGAAAAUCCUGAGACCUUCACACUCAAUUAUCAGCACGAUGCUGAACGCACACAUCCUGUGGAGGUGGAGGUGGCGACUCCUACACUGAACGACAGCACCGUACUUGCUAAUGAGAAAGAAGCCUUCGCCCUUGAACCUGUGGCCAUCACUCCGAGCUCCGAGGUUAAGAGGGGGAAGAGGAAACGUAAGUUAGUGGUGGACCAGUCGAAGGAGCUGACCAAUGAAGCUAUCAGAGAGCAGCUUGCUGACUACUCGGAUCUGAUUGCCCCUUUGGACAUGGCCCCCCCGACCCGACAGCUGAUGCAGUGGAAGGAGAACGGUGCUGCAGACAAACUCUUUGCACUACCAUGCUCCACUGUAGUAACUCCACAGAUUCUCAAGCUCUUUGCUAAGAGUAUUUUCCAGGUGAAAUACUCUGGUGUGAGCGAGGAGGUUGAGGGGAUGCGGCUGGAUGAUCAAAAGGCGCAGAGAGACAUAAGUGGCCUCAAUACAGACAACUUCAGUGUUGUAGAUUCAUCAGUAGAUCAUGAAAAAACACACAACAGUGAGCUGGCAGUCCUCGAUCACUCAAACAACAACCAGCACGAGAAUUACUCAGAGCUUGCACAAGAUGAAAACCAAUCCGAAUUCACUCAUCCAGAACUUCCAUCAGAAGACUCCAUGUUUGUUCAUCCAUCUUACAUGGCGCAGGAGACUCAGUCAUCAUCCAUGCACACUCAGUCAAUGCUGGACAGCCAGGACUUUGAGGAGAAGAAGACAACCAGGCAAGCAGCGAAGCUUCUGAGGGCUCUGAAAAGCCAGAGCAACAGUGACAGCAAGUUCAGCCUGGAGGCACUCUGCGCUGGGAGCACUCGCUCACAGGCUGCAGCCACUUUCUUCUGUCUCCUGGUCCUGAAAAAACAACAAGCCCUCCAUCUGCACCAGAGCGGACCUUAUGAAGACAUCUUUGCCACACCGGGACCCAAGUUCUUUAAUUAG